AAUUUCAAGUUUUAAAGUUUAUGCAAUGCAUGAAAAAAUUCUAUGUCAGAAGCUUUUCUCUCCAUAAGUAUAAUGAACCAAUUGCUGAAGGCGGUGGAGUAUUUGGACUCUCUUGUCAGACCAACAUUUACCGAUGCUAUUUUGCAAAUGGUUUGGCAUUUACUUCUCCGUGUUCUAAACAGUCUGCAGGAAUUUACGUCGGGUGCUUUACACAGUAUUAUGCAUAUUUCUCUGAAACUUCUAGGCGCAGCCUUGACCGAAGUUUCGAUUCAGCUAAUCAUUAUUUAUGUCGGAAAGUUGGAAAAUAAGAACGUGAUUGUUGAUGAAAAGGUUUCCAAGAGCAACAUGUCAAUUCAAACUUCUGGUCCCUGGCAAAAGAAAAUACGAAGCAAAGAGCGAGUAUAUUCGGAGCUCCUUGAUCUGUUUUCAAAUAAAACAUCUAUACUAAAGAGGAGAAGACGGGCGCUAUUAAGGAAAGGAAAAUUAAGGGUAAAUUAUUUAGAAAAAGAGUACAGCGGUAAAAAGAAGCUUCUGUCGGGAGUCUGCCAUCGUCUGGUCAACAUCGGGAUCCAUGUUGAUCACCUCACCCACCGCAUGCGGGAGAAGCGGCUCCAGCUGGAGAACCGCCGACUUCAGAAUAAACAAGUGGUGGAGCGAUAUGAGGAACUCAACCAACACCUGAACUCUUACCUCAACAUUGUUCUUAAUAAUGACCAAGGACAGAAUGAGGAAGUUCAUUCAGAAAUUCCCACAAUGUGAUGACGUUUAAAAAUAAUCAAAAGUUUCAAAGGCAAUAGAGUGAUUGUAUAAGUCUACAUAAUCAGUGAGCAAUUUACACUGACUGCUUUACGUUAAAUGUAAUUGUGAAUUUUA